AACCAACAUGCACGUUCAGCCACAUUUCUUACCUCUAGAGUUUGAAGCGUCCCAUGCUCUGUGAGAGGAAGGCGGCAGUGAUAGGCUGACAGUUGUCUAGUGAGAUGAAAAGCGUUACAUCACCAGCACCAACCGAACUCAAAACGUCUGUUUGGCUGCGGAUUGGGAACACCAAGUCCUGGGGAGAGACACGCGGAGGAUCGAAACAAAAACAAAAGUCAUCUGAAGAGAUGCACACGGAUCCCUCUCCGGAGUUUUCUGGAUUGGCUCUGCGGGUAUUGUUACGCUACAUUAAUCCUACAGUGCACACGAGUCAUCUCCCGGCACGCUCGGAAACAAGUUAUGGACGUGAUGUGUGUUGGUGCCUCAGAAGCAGCUGAGCUCAGUCAUCUGGUCGCAGCUGGACAGCGUGCCAGCCUUCUGCUCGUGCAUCCAGCUGUGCAGCGAUCACACUCACUGCAGAGCCACAGUCCCGCCUAUUGGUAGUAGCACAGCAACACCAGAGUCUGCACAUGCUUGUUGUGUAUGAGCUGCAUCAUUACACACCAUAAUGAUCCAUCAUUCUGUUGGCGAUACCAAUGCGUCUUUUCCACCGUUUACAUGCCUCCACUUCCAGAUGUGCUGUCUUCACAACCAUAGGCCUUCAUUUAAAACCAUUUAUCGGGUGUUGACGUGCAUUUGGCUGGAUUGUAUUUAAGUAAACAAGAGACAGGCAGCUGCUGCAGUGGUAGAAUAGUGAUUAAUACAUGUUUUUAUUGCACUACAUGGCAAGUAUAGAAAACACAAGCACCCAAUCUGUUUUGGGGUUAAGUGGAUCAAUAAUGAUCCAUAUGUAAUACUUGUUUAUUAUUACAUAGCCCUACAAAAGGCUACUGCUUUUUCCAAAUCAAUUACCAAUGAAGUAAUUACAAUGGUCAGUAGUGGUUCAAACUAAAUGAAUACAUAGGUUCAAGUAUAUAUAGGCAAACAAAGGAAACAAUAAAUACUUUUAAAAACAUUUUUUAUAAAAAAUAUUAUUUUUAUCUGUUAGAAAAUACUUAUUCCCAUACAUGUUGUUGUACCUUACAGUCAUAAAAAACAAUUUCCCGAGAUAAAUCGUUUAUGGAUUUACCUGUUGCUUCAGGAGGCAUUCGAUUCCUUUAUAACGGCACAUGUUGCGUUCAUGUCAUGCAGGAUUACAUUGGUGAAGAUCCUAAACAUAGACUCUAGAGUGUGUUUUUAAAAUGGCAAACCAUACAAUUGUUCAAUCGAUAACGACUGGAAUACUGAUUUUUGUAAAAUAGUGCAAGGACAUGUGCAACAUGCUCUCUGUUAUUAGAAUUGCUAUAUUUCCCAUAGCAUUGAAGGCAGCACCAUGUGGUACUGCCCUUCCAGGAAGAAGAGGACAACACAGACGUUUGGUCGGUAGCCUACUGUUUAAUUAUUGCUUGUGAAAAUGUAUCAUAGUACAAGAUUAAGCUUAAAAUUUAACUCAAGGGAAAGAAUGAUUUGAAAUAUGACGAAAAAACAGCAAUAAGCAGUCGGGUUAUUCCAGAGGAUCACUCUUCUUUAAUCAAAUACGGGAACCAGGUUGAGGAGACUAAGAAAGGAGGAAAUCCUUUCAUCCAAUUCAUCUGUUUUCCAUAAUGGACAGCCAGGAAGUGGGGGAUUUCCUGGAGGAUUGCCUCAGAGCAGCUGGACUGUCCACCCAGCCCACUGAGGCAGAGAGGCUGGACUACUGUCUCUGCAGAGACUUGCUGUGUGCAGAACUGGCCUCUCUCCUGCAGGAUGCAAUGGAAAUUAAAUGGCCCUUUGUUCCGGAGAAGUGGCAAUACAAGCUGUCAGUCAGUGCCGAUGACAAGACUAACCUCAGUGACCUCAUCAGCAAUCACCUAACGCAGCUGCUGGCUGUUCUCAAGGCUUCCAUCGUGGCUCAGGAGGCCUGCACGGCACUAUCGGUUGUCUUCUUAGUCGACCGCUUCCUCUACUGGACAGACGAGUCAAGUCGACUCCUGAAGAUCACCAAGCUGCUUCACAGACGCCACCCUGACACCCCUGUGGCCCCACAACUGGUCAUACGACAGGCCAGAGUCUACGUUAACUCUGGCAAACUACAGAAGGCAGAAUUCAUUCUGAGCAGUCUGAUUAACAACAGUGGGGCCACAGGUUGUUGGGUGUACCACUGCGAAAGUGACAGGGCUCUUGUGCAGGCCGUGAGUGUUCAAGUGCGGGGAAUGAUUUUGCAAAAGCUAGGCCUGUGGCUGGAGGCAGCAGAGCUCAUCUGGGCCUCUCUGGUUGGCUACUAUGCACUUCCUCAACCUGAUAAAAAGGGGAUUGGAACCUCUCUCGGUAUACUGGCCAACAUAUUGGUGUCUAUGAAUGAGCAGGACUUCGAUGCUUUUAGGGCUAAUCCAGAUAUUGAUUUAUCUUUACUUGGGGACAGGAGUCAUCGUCUUCUAUCUGCAGCUCAGACAGCUAAGAUGGCAGUGGUAUACAGCCAGUACACUUCACUCUACGUGUUGACCCAUGUGGCAACUCAAGGGAUCUGCUUUUUAUCAUACAGUUUCUCAGUGGAGUGCCCUGCUACUCAAAGGCAGUCUUUCCUCCUGUCGGCUAAAGAGGCAUUUUCAAUAGGCCUGCUCACCAAAGCAGAGGGGGAGCUCGUCACCAGUAAGCAGGAGCUUCACACGUUCCUCAAGGCUGCGUAUUCUCUCACUGUCACUCACAAAUGGCUUGGAACUCCUGAGGAUGUUGUGGCGAAGGCAACUGAAGCUUGCCAAAAAGCUUUAGCACAUUUUUACGAUUACUCCAAAGCAGAACCCCAAGAUAGGGAUGGCGUCUGUGGUGAAAUCAUGCAGCUAGUCGCCCAAAUCAAGCUUCUGUUGCGAGUGGAGCCUUUCCAUAAUUCAGACAAGGGGUCUUUUAUUCCCGACAGCUACAGGAACAUCAAAGAUAUAUCAGUUAAUUUCACUCUGGAAGGUUUCUCCAAGGUGAUGCAGAGAUUCCAAAAGUAUCAUGCGUCACUGUGCGACACAACCAACACAAACUGUAAGGGGACCAAAGAUGGGGUAACGCUAUGUAUAACUGCACUGGGGACCACCAUUGGUACGCUCAACACAGAAUGUGGCACAGAGGCCUGCAGAAAACCCCCCAAAGGAAAGGAGCCACAACAGAGAGGUUCAAGUUCAUCUGAUGGGCACCCACCUCAGAAGUCUGGCAUGUGUACCACUGUAGGAAGCACAGAUAUCCUCGGCUCCUCGUGGCAGGACUUCUCCUUGAGCAGUUCAGGGUCUCCAAGGCCGAGCAGCAGUAAUGCAGAUGAACGUGAAGCAAAUGGACGCCAUCAGCGUUGUCUGACCACUGAGGCUGAUGAUGAUAGAAUGUUACAAUCCUCUACAGAAAACAAGAAACGAGAUGUUAGUUACAAACCUGCCACUUCCUCCUCCAGUGCAUGUAGUGAUUCAGAGAAAAUUGAGCUGAUGCAAGCUGGGAUAGAGACCCUGUUCACUGAGGAAGAUUGGAUGAUUGAUGGUGGUUUGGUGCCAGAACUGCAAUCCUUAUCCCAAUUAGCUAGCAAAACCACCUCCAGCUCACUUAGUGACAGUUUCGGUUCCCAGUCGUCAUGGGACAAAAUUCCAGCUGAUCUGAUCGCCCCCAUAACAGGAAAACCGCAGCCAAGCUGCUGGUCAAAAACAGGAACAGGCCAAAGCAUUGAUUCACCAGGCUCAGAUGGAAGCUUCUGCCUUUUGGAAACUCUUGAUUCUGAAAGCAAAGAUUCAGCUUGUGAUCCCACACACAAACACCCUGUGGAGAGCCUGAAAGUUGACCCACAAAUGGAGACUAAAGUUGACUCUGUAACACCUGCCAACAAGAACUCUAUAGCAACCCCACACUCUAACUGUUUCCGGUUUGUCCCAGCACAGUGUGAAACCUCCACAGAGAGUUCAUUUGAGAUGCUGGGUGAUCCUCAAAGUGGACACCAAAGUAGAACUGAUGUUGCUUCUCCAGAUAUCCUUCACAUGAAGAACCCCUUGUGCUACAGCUGCCUGAGGCAAAGCCUUGUAGCUGGCAUUGUCCCUGAGAGACAGUAUUUGUUGUUGAAGGAGGAUUACCUAGCCCUACUGGCCGGGGUUUGCCAUGAGUGUCUGCUGAAGAGACUUCAAAGUGACAAGACACAGUUCAAGCUCAAGACACACAGAUCUGCCUACAAUGGCCUUCAUUUGAAGUUCUCUAAGGCCACAGGACUGUGGACAGCCAGAGAGACCUGUGUUUACAUCGGGGAGCCAAUGGGGGUGCAGGGCAAGCAGAGAACAGCAAUAUGGGUGCAGUUCUUACACCAGGAGGAGAGGUUAAGCAGUUAUGUGGGGAAAGAUUACCUGAAGCCAAAGGAGAUCCAAUUUCACCUGAAAGAUGUGGAGAGACAGAUGACAGCCCAGUACUAUGUGACGGAAUUCAACAAGAGUCUUUACGACAAGGAAGUCAUGGCUCAGAUCUUCUUCAUUCCCUCGGAAGCACUUCUGAUUUUGAAUGGAAAUGAGAUUGCGGGCUGUGUAACAGUGGAGCCCUACAUGCCUGGAGACUUUGUCAAACUGACCAACAACACUGGGAAGAAGGACAAGAGUUUCCAGGCUACAGAAUAUGGCCUCGCCUUUGGACAUUUUACAUACCUGUUCUCUGACUGCCAGGAAGUUGUUGUUGACCUGCAAGGGUGGGUGACAGCCAAUGGAAAAGGGCUGACAUACCUCACUGACCCCCAGAUUCACUCCACCAAGAUCCCCAAAGGACCCUCCAAUUUUGCUGACAGAGGUCUCAGGUACUUCCUGGAGGAGCAACAUGGACCAGAGUGCAAUGAGAUUUGCCAGCUGCUCAAACUACCUCGAGUGUUCAGACAGCCACAUGCUCUGCCUCAGAAACUUUGAGGAGUUGCCAAGAUAUUGACCUGCGUACGACCUUUUGUAUUAAAUAAUCAGGGGAAGGUUUUAUAUAUAUUGUUGUUUAUUAAAUAUGAGUAACAUGCAAUUGAUACAAGUUACUGAAACUUGGUGCUACAUGAUUUAGAAAAAUUGACCCCGGUUACAAUCUUACAUCUGAUAUUAAUUAUGUAUUUUUAGCUUCCUGCUCUUAAUGACCUCAGAUAUACUGCAUGACUCGCAUACAACUCAUUUCCUAAAAAAUGAUUCAUUCUAAGCGUCUGAUACAAUAUGUGUUGUUUUUUUUAUCUGGCAAUGGCGGGUAAAUGCCUUAUUUAAACAGCUGUCCAUUUAGCAAAAAGAUCAAGUCAACAAAGUAGUGAUCAUAGUAACAUUAAAUUAUAUUUGAGGUGCUUUAUUGUAUAAACACAUAACCUUUGAAUUUAUAAUUUGGGCAUUUCUUUUAAUUCAUUUUCCAAAGGGUUACAAUGAAUAACUUUUUGCAUUUGUCCAGUUCCUGCUAAAGCCGAAAUAUUUAGACAAAAAUAAAGAAAUCAUGCAAUAAAUAAUACAAUUUG